AUGCCCAGCGUCGCCUACGCGCACGGCUUCCUCUCCUCGGCGCAGUCGUCAAAGGGCCGCUUCCUCCGCGAGCGCUUGGCGCGGCACGGCAUCGAUCUCGAGCUGCUCACCCUGAACGGCGGGGCGGGUCCGGCGGCCCUCACGCCGCAGUCGGCCCUCGACGCGCUGCAGGCGCACUGGCAGCGGGCAGGCGGCGUUCCGCUCACGCUGGUCGGCUCGAGCUUCGGCGGCUGGGCGGCGGCGCGCUAUGCGGAGCUUCAUCCCGGGAGGGUGCGGCGGCUGCUGCUGCUGAACCCAGGCUUCGAACUGGGGAGGAGGUGGGAGUGCAUCGUUGGGACCGCCGCGCUCGAGGCGUGGCGGCGCGACGGCGCUCGGACCUUUGCAAUGCCGUCCACCGGCGAGCCUUGCCAGGUGCCCUGGUCCUUUGUGGAGCAGACCCGGGCCGAGGCGGGCACGCCCGCGGUGAGCACGGAGGCCGUUGUGCUGCACGGCCGUCGCGACGAGGUGGUGCCGCCCUCGCUGAGCGAGGCCUUUGUACACGCCAGCCCUCUGGCCAGGCUCGUCCUCCUCGACGACGACCACGCGCUCACGGCGCCGCCGAGCCUGGAGCGGAUCGCGCGGGAGGCGCUGGCGGCGUGUGGCGGCGAGGGAGGCUCGCCGCGAGAGGGAGGCCCGCCGGCGCCUUCCUCCUGGGACUAG